CGCGCUUCGCUUGUCCAGGAACAGCACAGCCAUUGGCCAAUCACAAAAGCUCCGUUCGCAGGCCGAUACGGCCUGUGCGUGGUACUCCGUCUGGAGCAGUAUGGGGCAGCUUGGUACCAUCCGACGCUGGCCGAGCGCACCGCGCAACAUCGUGGGCGUUCCAUGGAUGACCCUGAGUGCGCCAUGGAAGUAUAUAUGCCGUCAAGGACGUUUGACGGUCACAGGACCAUCGAACCGCUCUCGAUUGAAUAUUUGAAGACGUCGAUUCAUAAAGUCGCCGCCAACUCCACCACCACACAUAACACCAAUAUAUCAACCUUCCAUCGAAAUUAAUCAUACAACAUCCAGAAUGGGCUCCCGCUUCCAGCAGGCCCAGCGCCUUCAGCGCCUCGCGCUCGCACCCACACCCAGAACUCUGGCCCGAUAUGUUCACCAAAGCUCCCGCCACAACACUGCUAUCCAAAGCACGUCAUCCACAUCAACUCCGGCCCAGCUGCUGUCCACAAAGACAUACCGUCAAGGAUCGACACCGAAGUCGGUUCUCGCCCGCCUGCCGACUUCUUCAGUCGCCCGUUCAUAUUUGAUCACUGCCAUGUCCUCGUCACCGGCUCUCCUCGGCCUCACAUUCACCGUGCUGCGCAAGAUGCUCGACUCGAAGAACUACCUUAUGGACGUUGAGCGUAACCCCCUCAUCAGAGCAGUACUGAAGAGCACAUUCUACGCCCAGUUCUGCGCUGGUGACAAGGCUCACGAGGUCAAGCCCAAUCUCGCCGCGGCAAGGUCAGUGCUCGGCUACGACGGCGUCAUUAUUGAGUACGCGCUGGAAGUUCUUGGAGGAAGUGAGCCCACCGCCGCCGAGACAGCCGCCGAGAUCGAAGUCUGGCGCAAGGGCAUGAUGAAGAGCGUCGAAAUGGCCAGUGAGGGCGACUUCAUCGGUCUUAAAUGGUCCGGUCUCGGUCGCCACGCUCUCCACCUCCUGCAGACCCAGCAACCCGCUACUCCUGAGAUGUGGGCCGCCAUCACCGAAGCCUGUGACGCCGCCGCCGCAAAGGGCGUAUGCCUCCUCCCUGGCGCUGAAGAGGAACUCACCAACAUCGGCCUCGAGCAGUGGACAAUCGCCCUGCAAGAAAAAUACAACACCCACGAAUACGGCCGCGCCCUCAUCUACACAACCUACCAGUGCUACCUGCGCGCAGUCCCCGCCCGCAUCGCCGCCCACCUCGAGCGCGCCGCCACCCACAACUACAUCGCCGGCGUCAAACUCGUCCGCGGCGCAUACCUCACCUCCGAGCCCGCCGGCGUCUGCUUCGACACCAAGGAAGGCACAGACGCAUGCUACGACGCCUGCGCCGCCACCGUCCUGCGCCGCCAAUGGUCGCCCUCCAUCGCCCCGACCAACCCCUCCGCCGCCUUCCCAGCCGUCAACAUCGUCCUCGCAACACACAACCUCGCGUCCCUGCAAUCCGCAAAGGCCAUCCGCGCAGCCCAGCUGCUCGCCGCGCCCGCACACACGCUGCCGCGCCUCGCGUACGCGCAGCUGCAGGGCAUGGCCGACGAGAUCAGCCAGAGCCUCGUGCAGGACCCCACCGUGCAGGCAGAUGAGAAUGCACAGGUGGUGAAGCUGCUGGCGUGGGGCACGAUGACGGAGUGCCUCAACUUCCUGAUUCGCCGGGCUGCGGAGAACAAGGAGGCGAGUUUCCGCACCGACGACACGAGGCGCGCGAUGGGCGCGGAGUUGGGGAGGCGCCUGAGGGGGUUCUUUGGUCUGGCGUGAGAGAGUGAAGGAGAAAAGGUGUUGGGUUGCAUAGCAUGGCGUUUUGUGGCGUUUUGAGCGAGUCGUUUAGCGGCAUCUUGGGGGUUGUUUGACCUCGUGGCUUGGGCAUUUAACAGUCUUGAGACUGGAUGUUUAUCCCGAAAUGAAUGAUAAUAUGACCAUCAAACUGCCUGUAUGGAUUGUGUUCAACUUGAAUUUCAUGGCUUUGAGUACGGCUGAUGGGUACCCAC